AUGCUUGAGAGACUGAAUUUCCACCCAACUUGGAGGAAUUGGAUCAAAGGGUGCUUAUCCUCAGCUUCAGCGAAUGUGUUGGUUAAUGGGUCGCCGUCAGGAGAGUUCUACCUUGAAAAAGGUCUCCGUCAAGGAGACCCUUUGCCGCCUUUCCUUUUCCUCAUAGUCGCCGAAGGGCUGCAAUCACUCACGGAUAGAGCAGUGACUAGGAAGCUGAUACAUCCUGUAGAGAUUGGCAGAGAGAAGGUGAAAAUUUCCCAUCUGCAAUAUGCAGAUGAUACAAUCUUUAUUUUGGACAAAAAGGAGGAGAACGCUGAGGCUGUGAGACAUCUGCUGAAACUGUUCCAAUUCAUGUCAGGGCUGAAAGUGAAUUUUGGGAAGAGUUGUUUGGUGGGUAUUGGCGUCGAUGAUGCAACUACGGAAAGGUGGGCUGCAAAGCUUCAGUGCGAGGUGGGUUCAGUUCCCUUCAAAUUCUUAGGGAUCAAGGUUGGAGGAAAGCUUAAGAGCGUUGUCGACUCUUUCAUUCUCUAUUAUACCUAA